GUGCUGAUGUGGCUAGUUGUCCAGCAGAAGUGGCAGCUGGAUCCAAGAAGAUUGUCACCAUGUUACCUGAAACGCAUCAUGUUGAUACUGUUUACUCAGGCGCUAAAGGCAUCUUCAGUCAGGUGCAGGAUGGGAGCCUGCUGAUUGAUAGCAGUACCAUAGACCCAGCCACUUCCCAGGCCAUGGCGCUCACAGCCAAGGGACAUAACUCAGUGUAUGUGGACGCUCCUGUGUCGGGAGGUGUCAACGCUGCUAGAGAUGCCAUUUUGACCUUCAUGGUGGGAAGUCCUGAGGAGUCAUUUGAUAGUGUUAAAGUACUGCUGGACUGCAUGGGCAAAAAUGUUGUCCAUUGUGGGGCGGUCGGAACAGGCCAGGUAAGUAAAAGUUAUUCUGAGCCAGGUUGCAGUAGAACAUUCUAUAUUCUAAAUUGUUUUUAUCCCCAGCUCAACAAAUUUAGCAGACUUGGUCUGGAUCCUAAGAUGCUAGCUAAAAUUCUGAACAUGAGUUCUGGUCGCUGUUGGUCCAGUGAGGUGUACAAUCCCUACCCAGGUGUACUAGAAGGUGUGCCCUCUAGCAACAACUAUCAAGGGGGCUUCGGUACCGCCCUAAUGACAAAGGAUUUAGGAUUGGCCCAGAAUGCAGCAACAGUGACCAAAUCUGCCAUUCCUUUGGGGGGCCUUGCUCAUCAGAUCUACAGGGCCAUGACCAGUAGUGGCUAUGCCAAGAAAGACUUUUCCUCCGCUCUCAAGUUCCUGCAGGGCGAGGAGCAGAGCUGAUACAGGCAUUGAGACAUCUCUGUGAUUAAACUCUAGGACACAUAAUGGGAUCAGUUUACAUAGGAACAGUGUGGUGGUAAUUGUUUGUUGAACAAAUUAUAAUUGCUGGCAAUGGAUGAUUUUGUGAAUUUGUGACUUGGAGCUGAAACUGUCAAUCCUCCCAUGAACAAAAUGUUUUGGAUGGUUAUCCUUGCAGACCAGGGAAAUGAAUUUCAAACAGGGAACAUUUUGAUUGAUAUAUGGCAGGGCCUAGGUAAAUUAUUUUAACGGGACAAUAAUGUGAAUACUUUAAAACAUGAUAGGAAAAGUUUUUUUUACAGACGAUUAAUGUUUAGCAUACCAUUGGGCAAAAAUUGUAAACUCUUUCAUGUUUUUGUAAUGUGAAAAGAACUUAUAUCUGAAAAUAUUUUUUAUUGUAUUAAAUGUGUAAUUGAGGAACAUCUUGGUUCAUUGAAAAGUUUAUACAGAGAACACAAUACAAGGGGAGUAAUCCCCAGGCUAUGAGUGAAUAUAGGCGAGUUUGUAUGGGCAAUUUCAUAUCUGUGUGACGAUACAUGUGGCAUAAUGUUUUUUAUAGCGUGUGUUUUAAUUUUCUGACUGUGAUACAUUGAAUCAUGUUAACUUACCUAGAUUUGUGUGCGUUUUAUUAGGUUGUCCUGGACAAGGAGGUUUUGUUAAGGUUCUACAUGAAAGUCGUCUCAUUGAUACUUAUUAACUUUCUUGGAACACUUUACAGUAAUUAUGUACAUUGAACUUAAAGUUCAAAAUGAAUUUGUUUCUAAACAUUAGUCAAUGAGUAAAUUGAGUUUUUUAUACAAUGAAAUACUCACAGGUAAUACUUGUACAGAAAUAUGGAACCGGUUCAAUGUGUCGGCUGAUACACUUGUGAAAUUGAUUGAAAAAGAUAGUUUGCAUUUUACAUAUGUAUGAUAUUUAUUAAAAAUUAACAUAUCAUUCUGAAAUUUUGAUGUAGUUUUGCUCCAUAUAGAACAUUCAUUAACAAUUUAUUUAGAAUGAGAAAAUGACAAGUCAGAACUCAGAUUUACUUGUUUAGUAGAUUUCCAAUAUUCCAAGGGUACAAUUAUUUUAUGACUUGAUAUGUUGAAACAUAAGUUUUGAUACUUUUGGAGUACAUCAGAGGUUGUAGUUCUUUGUACAUUCCAGUUCUUAUUUGUUACUUCCUGUAGUUAAUUGUUGCCUUCUUUACUUCACACCAAGGAACAUCCAGUAACAUGCUACUCUGUAGCUGUCUUUGCCUGGCCACAUUUUUGUGUGGAGUAUGAUAUUUGACAGAUAUGGCUUUUGAUACCAUUUAAUUAUGUAUGUAUACAAACUUUAUGAUUGUCAUUGAAAAUUUAGGAAAUACUUCAUUUUGUAUGUUUCAGAUUUUUCACAACUUUUGACUAUAAAAAUGUUGUUCCAACUGUAAAAUUAGCAUAACUCAAGUGGAAAUGACGAUAUUAUUUGCUGCACUAUUAGGGAAUGCAUUUCAAGGUUUUUCAUCAUUAGAUUUGUUUGUAUUGAAUUAUAUUUGGAAGAAGACAAAAUAAAUGCAUUUUAAUACAUGG